CCGGUCCCCUUGUCUGAGCACCAUGCGGAGCUCCCUAGCUCCCGGCAUCUGGCUUCUCCGCGCCUUCUCCAGAGACAGCUGGUACCGGGGCCUUAUUCUGCUGCUCACCUUUCUCAUUUACACCUGUUACCACAUGUCUAGGAAGCCAAUCAGUAUUGUCAAGAGUCAGCUGCAUCAAAACUGUUCAGAGCUAGAAAGGCCCGACAACAACUCCAACAGCACCACAUGGUGUUACUGGGCUCCAUUUGAUCAGGACAACUACUCACAACUGCUGGGGGGUGUGGACGAUGCUUUUCUGAUUGCCUAUGCUGUUGGCAUGUUCAUCAGUGGAAUUUUUGGGGAGAGACUUCCACUCCGCUAUUACCUGUUUGCUGGAAUGCUGCUGAGUGGGAUUUUCACUUCGCUCUUUGGCCUGGGUUAUUAUUGGAACAUUCACCAACUGUGGUACUAUGUACUUGUCCAGAUCUUUAAUGGACUGGCACAGACCACAGGCUGGCCAUCGGUGGUGACCUGUAUUGGUAACUGGUUUGGGAAGGGAAAGCGUGGAUUUAUCAUGGGUAUCUGGAACUCCCACACAUCUGUGGGCAACAUACUGGGCUCCCUGAUUGCAGGUAUCUGGGUGGAUUCAGCUUGGGGCCUGUCCUUCAUCGUGCCUGGUGUUGUCAUCGCUGUCAUGGGCCUCAUCAGCUUCUUCUUCCUUGUUGAGUACCCUGAAGAUGUGAACUGUACUCCACCUCAGCAUCAUAAUGGACCUGUUGAAGACCUGGGUACAUCUGUGGAUUCAGUGGCUGGGCAUUGCUCUGACAGGAAGAGUAGAACUGAAGGUGCUGGGUGUUCCAAGGAAUCAAAUGAAAAGCUUGAGGCCAUCAGCUUCCUAGGGGCACUCAGGAUCCCAGGUGUAAUGGAGUUCUCCUUGUGUCUGCUGUUUGCGAAGUUGGUCAGUUAUACCUUCUUAUUUUGGUUGCCCCUCUACAUUGUUAAUGUGGCUCAUUUUGGAUCCAAGGAAGCUGGGGAUCUUUCUACUCUCUUUGAUGUUGGUGGCAUAAUAGGUGGCAUCCUUGCAGGGAUCAUCUCUGACUAUACCAAUGGCAGGGCCACUACCUGCUGUGUCAUGCUGAUUGUAGCUGCCCCUCUGCUAUUCCUGUACAACUCUGUUGGCCAGAAUGGGAUCAGCAGUUCUAUAGUGAUGCUGAUUAUCUGUGGGGCUUUGGUUAAUGGGCCCUACGCUCUUAUCACCACUGCUGUCUCAGCUGACUUGGGUACACACAAGAGUCUGAGGGGCAAUGCAAAGGCACUUUCCACUGUGACAGCCAUUAUUGAUGGGACUGGCUCCAUAGGUGCUGCUUUGGGACCUCUGCUAGCUGGACUCAUCUCCCCUACAGGCUGGAACAACGUCUUCUAUAUGCUUAUCUCUUCAGAUGUCUUGGCUUGCCUAUUCCUCUCUCGCUUGGUGUACAAAGAGAUCCAGGCCUGGAAGAGAAGCAUGAACAGAAACAGAGGGGAUCUGGAUGAUUCUUUGAACCCAGACUAG